AUGCCCAUCCUCGAUACUAAGCUAGACCUGAAUGCGCUCUUCCGCAAACAGGUCAAGGCUACUCCAGAUGCCUUGGCGCUCAUCGACCCUUUGGCACGCUACACGUAUGCACAGCUCGAUGCCAAGGUCGAGAGCCUCUCGCUCUACUUUCGAUCCCAUCAUGCUGUCGCCCGUGACUCGCUGGUGGGUAUCCUUAUGGCAAAGGGCGCCGACUAUGUCAUCGCCUGUCUCGCCGCCCUCCGUGCUGGAGGUGCGUUUCUCGUCCUCGAACUCGCUUAUCCACGCGGUCUUCUUCACGAGGUCAUCCAGGAUGCCCAACCUGCCCUCGUCGUCACUCAGUCCGAGCAUGCCAAACUCGUGCCCAAAUCUGUUGCCUCUAUCUUGAUCGAUGACCCGCAUCAAGUCGACUUGCUUUUCUCGCCCGUCUCCUCCUCCUCCUCGCCACCUUCCUCAUCUCUGCCGCCACUCCCGGACGAGACCGACCUAGAGCGUCUUGCUUUCGUGUCCUACUCUUCCGGCACCACCGGCAAGCCAAAGGGGAUCGCCAACCCACACCGCGCUCCUGUCCUCUCGUACGAUCUCCGUUUCGCCGUCAACGACCUUACCCCCGCCGAUCGCGUAGCUUGUAACGUCUACUUUAUCUGGGAGAUGCUUCGUCCGCUUUUGCGAGGCGCCACCACCUAUGCUAUUCCAGAUCACUCAAGCUACGAUCCUGUCAAGCUCAUCGAACUGCUUGCCACCGAAAAGAUCACCGAAACCCUCAUGACCCCCACUCUGCUCGCUGCUGUGCUCGCACGCCACCACAACCUCGGAACCAAGCUCCCCGAUCUUCGUACGCUUUGGCUCAACGGCGAGGUCGUCACAACCGAUCUCGCUCGAAGAGCCAUCAAGGCGCUCCCCAACACGCGUCUCCUCAAUUGUUACAGCGCCAGUGAGACCCACGAGGUCGCUUGCGGUGACCUCCGCCAGAUGCUCCCCACCUUGCCAGACGAUGCGCCUUACUGUCCCGUCGGCCCGCCCAUGGACAAAGCUCACACCUACAUUCUCGACCAAGACGGCAACCCACUAGAGCCUGGUCAUCCUGGCGAGCUCUAUGUCGGUGGCCACCUUCUUGCCCGUGGCUACCUCAAUCUCGUCGACACCACCGCAAAGGCCUUUACUCCCGACGCUUUUGCCUCCGAGCCUAACGCCCGCAAGUACAGGACAGGAGACUUGGCUCGCAUCAUACCCGACUCUGGUCUCCUCGAGAUCACCGGCAGAGUCGGCGGCAUGAUCAAGAUCAGAGGUUACUCGAUCGUACCCGGCACUGUCGAAAAGGCCAUCGUCGACAACUUUGACGUCAGCAAUUGUGCCGUCGUCGCGCACGGUGAAGGCCUCGAACGACAGCUUGUCGCCUACGUUGUCCCGGACGAAACCGAACGCGCCAACCGCACCGUUCUCACCAUCGAUGACAACGGCCACAGUCCCAGUGCUCGACAGCUACUCGUAGCUCACCUUGCUCACUACAUGAUCCCCACGCUCUGGGUCGUCCUUCAUUCGCUCCCCACCCACGAAGUCUCGGGCAAAGUCGACCUCAAGAAUCUUCCGAAUCCCAAAGCGGCCAUCGCUGCUGCCAGCGGCACCAAUUCGCGAGCAAGGAGUCCCGCCCCUGACGAGACCGUCAACCUCAAGUCGAUUGCCCAACUCUGGGCGCUCUCGCUCAACGUCAACCCCAACACAAUACUCGAAGCAGGCAAGACGGUCAGCUUCUUCGAUCUCGGUGGACAUUCGCUCCUUCUGGCUGAUCUCGCCACACGUAUCUCCAAAACCCUCGGCGGCUUCACCGUGCCUCUUGGCGAGUUGGCCGGCCACCCUACACUUCAAGAUCACGUUCGCAUUACUCUUGCCGCUCGUGACGGCUACCAUGCUGCCGUGCAGGCUGACCUGCCCACCGUGCUGCGCGACGACAUGGAGCUCGCUCCCGAGUUCAAGCUGCACUCUCCCGACAAAGUCAAGCCCACAACUUUGGACGAGGCCAAGACUAUCUUGCUCACCGGCGCCACCGGUUUCCUCGGCGGCUUCUUGCUGAACGACUUGUAUCAAACCACUUCAGCACGCAUCGUUUGCUUGAUCCGUUUCAACGCUCCUUACCGUACCGAUCGUUCCGCCGCCAUGGCUCGACUACGACGCAACAUGCUCGAUCUUGGCUUCUGGGAUCACGGCAUGCUGGAUCGCAUCGAUGUGUUACCCGCCAACCUGUCGCGCAACCGACUAGGUCUGGUGCCCGAGGUAUACGAAAACCUCGUCGAGACCGUCGAUGUCAUCGUCCAUUGUGCAGCGCAGGUGAAUCUGAUUUACCCCUACGCUGCUCUGCGCGAUGCCAACGUUGAAGGUACGCGCGAAGUGCUUCGUCUCGCCUUCCUCGGCAACGCUACGGUGCAGUACGUAUCGACCAACGGUGUCUUACCACCUUCGCAGACCGGCUGGCCCGAAUCGACCAUCAUGCCUCUCCAAGACGUGCCCGGAAAGCUGCUCGACGGCUACUGUCAGACCAAGUGGGUUGCCGAACAACUCGUGCUCGAGUCGGCGCGUCGCGGGUUGCCCGCCAACGUCAUCCGCAUCGGUACGCUCAGCGGUCAUUCCGUGACCGGUUCGACCAACACGUACGAUCUCAUCACAGCACUCAUUGUCGAAUCCGUUCACCUCGGUGUCGCACCCGAGAUCGCCAACUGGCACAUUGAAAUGACCGCCGUCGACUAUGUCAGCCGCGGCAUCAUCGCAAUCGGCAAUCACGUAGAUGCCAACCAGCGCAUCUACCACCUCGGUGAUAGCGAGCCCAUCGACUGCCGUCUGCUCUUUCAGCAUCUCGAGUCGCUCGGCUACCCGACCACGAGGACCAGCUGGAAAUCGUGGGUGUCGCUUUGGCAGGAGAAGCGAGGAUCUGCAAAGGGAGGAGACCACGGUCUCACCGUCGACAUCUUGCGUUCCGGCAUGCCGUCGGAAGAAUUUUUGCUGGGCAUCAUUGCCUUGAAGGACGACGCCACGCGUCCGGCACUCGGUGAUUUGCAGAGACCCAAGGUGGAUGCCAAGUUGCUGCAGACGUAUGCCAAACACUGGUACGCACGUGGUUGGAUGCAGAGGCAGCCAUCGAGUGUACCUGCUACACCCAGUGGUGCGAGCAAUGGUGUCAACAGUGUUUCUUGCGGCGCUGUAUUUGAUCCACAGUUGCCGCUGCGGGGAAAGGUAGCCAUCGUCACUGGCGCUUCGUCCGGGAUCGGCGCUGCGGUGGCCAAAGCACUCGUUCGUGAAGGAGCGCACGUUGCACUCGCCGCGCGACGCAUCGACGUUCUGGAAAAACUCUCGACGGAGCUCACUACAAUGUCGCGCUCGCUCCACACGCGCAGCAAAGUGCACAUCCACAAGACUGACGUUGUGGAUCGCAAGCAGGUGGAUGCACUCAUGCAGACCACGACGCAAGUGCUCGGUGAGAUCGACAUUAUCGUCUCGUGUGCCGGCGUCAUGUAUUUUACCAUGAUGCACAACGUUCAGGUGCAAGAGUGGGACCAGACGGUGGAUGUCAACUGCAAAGGACUGCUCAAUGUACUGUGCACCAGUCUGCCGCGCUUGUUGGCGCGUAACACGGGACAUAUCGUGGCCAUCUCUUCGGAUGCUGGUCGAAAGGUGUUUGCCGGCUUGGGCGUGUACAGCGCGUCGAAAUUCUUCGUCGAGGCAACGCUGCAGUCGCUGCGUCUGGAAACUGCCGGUACAGGUUUGCGCGUCACAUCGGUCCAACCUGGCAAUACUGCCACCGAGCUUCUCGGCAUGAGCACCGAUCAAGAAGCCAUCAAAAAGUACGGCGAACCCACCGGCGCCAAGAUCCUUGAGCCCGCUGACGUCGCCAACGCUAUUGUAUACGCGCUCAAGCAGCCCGAGCAUGUCGCCAUGAACGAGAUCCUCAUCGAGCCCCGCGAAGAGCCCAUCUAG